AUUUUAUUAGUUGUUGAUUCAGCAAAACUCGUAAUUAGUGUAUAAAAUAAUAGUUGCCAUUACGUUGCACUAUGGCUGACAGUGAUGAUGAGUACGAUCGUAAGCGACGAGACAAGUUUCGUGGUGAAAGAGGUACAGCGGAAGGCAGCAGCUACCGGAGCAGCGAUCGGCGGGAAGAAAGAGGUCGUGGACGCGAAGAGUGGUCUGAGAGAUCCCGAGGUGGAGGUCGCUCGGGACCUGAUUACAGAGACUACCGCGGAGGAGCCAGUGCAAGCCGCGGCUACUCCCCCAUCCGGGGUGAGGGGCCACCCAACAAGAGAAUCCGGCCUGACUGGCCCAUGGAAGACAGGAGAUAUGGGGGGAUGCCUCAUGAUUCAUACGGGUCCUAUGGUUGGGCACAUGAUCAUUUUGGGCCUCAUCCUGCCCAUCAAGGAUAUGGUCAGCCCAUGCCCCCAGUUCCUGCUAGGGACGCAGUCCUCCCCAUUGGUCCAUCAGACGGCUCGUCCACCAUGAUGUCCUUCAAGGCGUUCCUCGCGGCGCAGGACGACUCCAUCACCGUCGACGACGCCAUUGUCAAGUACAACGAGUACAAACUCGAGUACAAGCGACAACAACUCAAUGAGUUCUUCGUGGCUCAUAAAGACGAGGAAUGGUUCAAGAUCAAAUACCAUCCUGAAGAAUCGGUUAAACGGAAAGAAGAGCAACUCAAUGCGCUAAAGAACCGCGUCAACAUCUUCCUGGAGCUUCUAGAAGGUGGGGAGCUGGACAAAGUAUCCGUGGACGUGGACAAGUCCGACCAAUUGGUCCGAUUGCUGGAUACCGUGGUCAUAAAACUAGAAGGCGGAACUGAGGAAGAUCUGAAAGCGCUCGAUCUGCCGCCUGCGCCCGAGAAUACUAAUUCGAUAAGUGAAAAAUCAGAUAAACGUGACGACCAACCGGUCGUCAUUGACGUAGACGCUGUCAAAGUAAAAGAAGAAAAGGACGAUUCUGAGAAAACAGAAGAGAAGGAAAAGAAACCGGAGUCACCAAAGCCUACGACGCCAUUGACUAUGGAGAUAGACCCUCAUCUGAAGCAGCUGCAGGAGCAAGCUAAAAUGUUCUCGCGGUUCAACUCCGCGCCGGGCACGGAGCCGGGCGACGAUAUCGAUGUGCCCGAGAAGGAACCACCACCGCCUGGAUCUUCAUCAAGUUCCUCCUCAUCCAGCUCGUCUUCCUCCAGCUCUGAAGACGAGGGCGACACGGCGCCGCGACGCAAAUCCAAGUCCAAAUCCAAAACGCCGGACAAGUCUCCUAAACGCAAGGAGAAAUCCAAAUCACCAAGCGCCGAAAAAGACGAGAAGCCCGUCGAUAUUGUUAAAGAGAAUGAAAAGAAUGGAGACAAGAGCGGCGAUGAAAAGGCGGAGUCGGUUUCUGAUGUCGUCGUCGAGAAGAAAGAAACUAGGGCCCUUCAUAAAACUACCUCCAUUUUCUUGAGAAACUUGGCGCCCAGUAUUACUAAGGCUGAAGUUGAAGCUAUGUGCAAGCGCUACGGCGGUUUCUUACGUGUCGCGCUGGCCGACCCGCUGCCCGAGCGGCGCUGGUUCCGCCGCGGCUGGGUCACAUUCCGCAGAGAAGUCAACAUCAAGGAUAUCUGCUGGAACCUCAACAACAUUCGGUUGCGCGAGUGCGAGCUGGGCGCGAUCGUGAACCGCGACCUGGCGCGGCGCGUGCGGCCGGUGACGGGCGUGACGCUGGAGCGGCCCGUGCUGCGCGCCGACGCCCGCCUCGCGGCGCGCCUCGCGCACCUGCUCGACACGCGCACCAAGCUGUGGCACCGCCCCAAGGAGGACGCCGCUGGGGAACACCAGGAACCAAAGCCGGAGAGCUUCAGCCUGAAUGAGUCCCCAAACCCCGUGCUCCACAAGAUCACCGAGCAUCUGAUCGAGGAGGCCUCCACUGAAGAGGAGGAGCUGCUAGGCGUAGAGCCCGAUACCGAGGCGCAGACCGACCAGGCGGAUCCCGAACUGAUGCGCGUACUGGACCGUCUGGUGCUGUACCUGCGCAUCGUGCACUCGGUGGACUACUACAACCACUGCGAGUACCCCUACGAGGACGAGAUGCCCAACCGCUGCGGCAUCAUGCACGCGCGCGCCGGCCCUCCCGCCACUAAGCCCACCCAACAAGAAGUGCAAGAUUACAUCAAAACAUUUGAAGGGAAAAUGUCUGCUUUCCUCCAAGACGUCAAACCCCUUACUGAAGAAGAGUUACAAAAGCUUGGAAUCAAGGAUCCCGAUGCAGAAGUAGAGAAGUUCAUCCAAGCUAACACUCAGGAGCUGGCCAAAGACAAAUGGUUGUGUCCACUCAGUGGCAAGAAGUUCAAGGGGCCCGACUUUAUUAGGAAGCAUAUCUUCAACAAGCAUGCGGAGAAGGUGGAUGAAGUCCGGCGCGAGGUGGCGUACUUCAACGCGUACGUGCGCGACGUGCGGCGCCCGCAGCAGCCCGAGCCGCCGCAGCGCGCGCCGCCGCAGCCGCAAGCGCCGCCGCCGCAGCCCGCGCCGUACGGCGGCGGGCCGCCGGCGGGCGGGCGCGGCUGGGGCUGGGCGGGCUGGGCGCCGCCGCAGCCCUACGCGCCGCGCCACCCGAGGUUCUCCAGGCCGAGGGAUAAUGUCGACCGCUCCCGGCCUAUUAUUGCCUACAACGAUCUUGACUUCCCGGAUAGUGGCGAUAUAUUUUAACUUUUAAGCAUUGACUAAAAAUCAUGACAGAUUAUAUUUUAUAUUUGAUAUUUUUGUAUUAAUCAUUCCGACUUAUAAAUAAUGUUAACUUAUUUCAAGCAUAUUUCCAUGUUCCACCAAUAUAA